AUGUCAGCAUCCGAUACUGACGAUAGUGAAAUCCCUCACUCGGACAGAGAUUUGACCUUGACUGGGCUCAACUCCGUUACAGUGGGUCUAACUACGAUUCUUGCUGUCCUAGAAUACAAUCCAUCAGAUCGCCCGGCUUUUGUCAAAGACACAGCUGCACAGACGCCGAUACCGGAGCAUGCUAACACAUUUACUAUUGCUUUCCGCGAAAGAACAAAGAAGAAUGACUCCUGCCAUCGUGCCCGUGCUAUUCUCAUUCGAUCCUUAUCGAAAAAUCUUCGGCAGAAUCUUACCAUAAUCAAUAUCACUGCUGAUCCUUGUGAUUUGAUGUUAUUCCUGAUGAAUAAGUACUCUUUUUAUUCGGAUCACAUCGCUAAGCCUAUUGAUAUUGCCUAUUUGGAAAACUUCACGUGCACUGACGAGGAACCGGUUCGAUUCUGGGCCGAACGAUGCUGUAAAUUACAAAGUGAUGCAAAAGAUCAAGGAUUAGUAUUCACCGACAAAUUUAUCACAUCAAUCUUCAUCAGAGAUUUGUCACGAACGGACCAGGAUCAAGCUCGCCAAUACUUGGCCACUCAUUGUGGACAAAGUACCCUGGACGGAUAUUUAGGACCGGACUUGAGGACCGGACCGAGAGCACUAUUUGAAGACCGGACCUGA